UCUUCAAAUUAAAUUAAUCGAUGUUUGAAUAAAGUUUUUCAAAGUGAAACGAACAUGGCCGCUUCCUUGGCGCGCUGCUUUCAGUGUCUUUUAUAACAAAGUCCUUUAAUUCUUUGCUUAUAAAAGAAAUAAUAUAUGUGACGAUUUUUUCUUCAAGCCAAAAGAUAUUUGCUUCAUCUGAAGUGAGGAUGAGCCGCUCCACCAGCCUCCUGCAGCAGAUGACCAUAUUUGUGACAGUAGUGACCGGCGGCGGCUGUGCUAUGAUGUAUUACCUCAUGCAGAAGAAUUUUGCCAAAUCGGAGCAUUACCGUCUGGCCCUUGAACAGCUGAACAGAAAUUCCUCUGCCAUGGCCAGCCUGGGCGCUCCUCCUCUGAAGAUACACAACAUCCAUUUAUCUGACCGACACAACCGCAUUGACCACAGCAGCGCGCAGCUGAAGAUCCCGGUUACCGGGUCAAAGACUGGAGGUUAUCUCUACACAACUUCCACCAGAGACGCAAUCAUGAACAGAUGGCACCUCCGGCAAGUGUUCCUGAAGCUGAGGGAAGGCGAGAUCAUCGAGAUUUUCAACGAGACAGAAUCUGAAGAGUAACUACUGUACACACAGAAAUAUUUCAACAAUCUUAAACAGACAAUAAAUGCAAGUGGAGCCUUGGACAGUUGAUAGAUGAUUAGAACUAAUGUGAUUAUGGCAUUCACAUAUACUUGUCUACUUGAAAUGUUAAUAUAUUUGUUUGGGGUGUAUGGAAGCUGUGUCAUGUGAAGCACUUUAUUUUGGGGCAGCUUGGACAGAUUUUAAUUUGUUUAGUUUUUUUUUUUUUUUUUUUUUUUGCUAUUUUAUGUGCUUCAUUAAAGAACGAGGAUGUAAAAAUCA